CUGAGGGGGCCACGUCUGAUUUGUAUUCCCAUUUAAAAGGGACCUUGAGUUCGAUCCAAAGGAUUAAUCGACAAAGCCCAAAACGAGGGAAAUAUAUCAUCUCAAAUUCACCCACUCGGACGCGUGCACUCGUAACUUUUUGGGCAAAUAUUUUUCUUUAUUUUUGUUCCAGUGUAAAUGCAAGCAACUGAAUACGCUGAUUGUUCCGAUCUUCAGUCUUUGGAAGACCUGUCUUUUUAUUUUGACGAGAAUAAAAUUAAAGAAGCCAAAGUAGCCUUUCGUCGUCCACUCAAGCGAAGCAGUCACUCAGCGGGAGUAAGGAACAAAGACGUCAGUGCCAACAACUGAAGUGCUCACCGGUGUUGCCGCCACACUUGGGUCUCACUUUACAGUUUCUGAAAGCAAUACUUACAAAAGUAAUACCUACCUUUAAUACCCGCAUAUUGUGCAUUAACAGCAUUUGAAAUACGUGAGUUGGAAACAUCGUACAGAGAAGUUUGAGAAGUCAGCGUCAGUCCAGGAGCCUACUUUCCACAGACUCGUGUCUUGAAACUCUAAUUGGAGGACGUAUUAAUAUAUGUAUAUUCUUGUUUUCCAAGUUGUCAACUUUAAUAUACUCAACUGACAGCUAAAUAACAGCGAAUAUAUACUGUGGGGAAUGUCCUCUGACAAGUAAGAUCAACGUCCGUGACUGGAGUUGCCAUACCAUUGUUCUGUUUUGGAGAGGAUCCCUUUGUUUGCUACGACCGAGAUGAGCCUCAACGUUUCAUCACCCGCAUUUCCACCACGUCUGAAGCGUGUGGAUUUCGAAGAUUCCCAAAACACUGACACCUUUAAAUGCAAGCGACGCAGACUCAACCAGCCACCCUCCCCUGGACUGGCCCCCUGUCUCCGACCUCUGACCCAAACCUCUGAUCAUGUGGGGUCAGAGAAACACUGUGUGUCCUGCAUUGGACCCUACAUUCUGCUGGAAGCCACUGAAGGUGCUCAAACAUACCGAGCUGUGCACCGCGUCACAGAACAGGAGUACACUUGCAAGGUGUUUUCUAUGAAGAAGUACCAGGAGCUUAUUGCCCCCUACACUCGUCUGUCACCCCACAACAACAUCAGCAAAAUAUCUGAGAUGGUGAUGGGGGAGCACAAUGUCUACGUCUUCUUUGAGCGCAACUACGGCGACAUGCAUUCGUAUGUACGCACGUGUAAGAAGCUUCAGGAGGAGGAGGCAGUGUGUCUCUUUAGACAGAUGGCAGCAGCAGUAGCACACUGUCAUGAACAUGGCGUUGUUCUAAGAGACCUCAAGCUACGCAAGUUUGUCUUCACUGAUUCUGAGAGAACAAAACUGGUCUUGCAGAACCUGGAGGACUCUUGUCUUUUGCACGGAGAUGAUGAUUCUCUCACAGACAAACAUGGCUGCCCAGCUUACGUUGGUCCAGAGAUUCUAAACUCACGGAGCUCAUACUCAGGAAAGGCCGCAGAUGUGUGGAGUCUGGGUGUUGUACUCUAUACCAUGUUGGUGGGACGUUACCCCUUUCAGGAUGUAGAACCAGCAGCGCUGUUUAGCAAAAUCCGCAAGGGUACAUUCACAAUCCCAGACACUCUUUCUCCAAGGGCCAAGUCCCUAGUGUGUUGCAUGCUGAGGAAGUCACCCUCAGAGAGACUGGAGGCAGCCGACAUCUUGCUUCAUCCAUGGCUCCAUUGCACAAACACAACAAACCCUAGUCAGUACCUCUGCACAAGAAACUCUACUGACCAGGUGGUCCCUGACUUUGAGAAGAACGAAGACGGUGACCAUUACUAAUCUAAAUGAGCUCUGGCUCACCUACCGAUAUACACGUGCAAGAGGAGCGUAACCUAAUGAGGGAUUGCUACAGAGGGUAAACAUAGUUCAAGGGCAAAGCACAGAAAAACAGAUUCCAUAGCUGGUGCUGAACAUUGCUUUCUGUCAUCAAGCAAAAAAAAAACAAAAAACAUGAACAUCCGUGAGGUAUUCCACCAGGUCACUGGCCUUUCAUAAUGAUUGCAUUAUGUUUUUUUUGUUGUUGUUGUUGUUUUUUUUUUAUAUCCAUCCUAAAGAGGCCUAUUCAGUAGCACAACAAAUGUGCCCAACCUCUCUGCUUUAGUUCUUAUGCUGUUUGAAAAGGCUACUUCCCAAAAAGACUUCUCAAAGAAGUAGAGUUCACAAGACUUUUGCUAAAACGUUCAGGUUAACAGUGUUGUUCAAAGCCUCACCCUUUGUAUAAGUUAUAUAUGAUGCUCUAAGUUGUACAGAUCCAAAUGACUUUCUGAUAUGUCUUAACUUGAAUCCUGGGAUACUUGAUGCACAGUAUGUGCCUUUGUUUUGUACUGUUUACAUAUUUUGCAGUGGCAAAUCUGGAUAAGACCAUUUAAUGUGCCUUCAUCAUUGACAGUUGGUGUUCUGGAGUUAGUUGGACUCAUACCUUUGGAGUGCUCGGCCAAAGAUUUUUUUUUUUUUCACUGGCAUAGUUGUGUGGAGUUACAAAAGCUGGGCUUAAGUGCUCAUGUUUGCUUUUCCUUUUGAAGGGUUUAAAGGGAGUUCUGUAUCCCUUACCAGUUGGAAAUAAUUGUGUCCUGUAAAACUUCACAAAAGACCACGUUAGUCAGAACCAGGGUUUGGAUUUCUCUGUGAAUAUGUUGUGACGUCAUUGUAGACAUGGUGAUUUAGUUGGUAGAUAAGUAAUAACCUAAAUCGUGAAUGCUGUCUGUAUUUCACAUGUUCAUUGAAACUGGUUUGACCCUGAAGGAAACAGUGCUAUUCUUGACUGUGCACCACUGUGAACUUCCAUGUAAUGGUAAGGUGGUGUCUAACUGUUCAGCAGGAGAAACAAAGGCAUUACAUAUGUUGUCAGUAACAAUGCCUGCACGCAAUGCUUUGAUCCUUAUUUGUUCAUUAAACUACUUGUGAAUUUGUAAAUAUUCUUUUUUUGUAACAAAGGAAAGAAAAAACACUACAUUUCUUUUCCUCGUGUUUAGAGGUUUGGUGUACAUUUUUAACAAGUAUUUUGUUGUUGCCAGUAAAAAAAAAUAAAAAUGAAAAACUCAGUUGA